GAACACCCUUGAGCUUGGUCAUGGGAGCUGUAGUAGCUGAUGAUGGUCCACCUGGUGUUAAAGCCCCUGAUGGAGGCUGGGGCUGGGCUGUCCUUUUUGGCUGUUUUAUCAUCACAGGAUUCUCCUAUGCCUUUCCUAAGGCAGUUAGUGUCUUCUUCAAAGAACUUAUCCGGGAAUUCGGCAUCGGAUAUAGUGACACCGCAUGGAUUUCCUCUAUUCUGUUGGCCAUGCUUUAUGGAACAGGUCCACUCUGUAGUGUAUGUGUCAACCGCUUUGGCUGUCGCCCUGUCAUGCUGGUGGGUGGCCUUUUUGCCUCGCUGGGGAUGGUGAUAGCCUCCUUCUGCACAAGCAUCGUUCAGAUCUAUCUAACCGCAGGUGUGAUCACUGGUUUGGGACUGGCACUAAACUUUCAGCCUUCACUCAUCAUGUUAAACCGUUACUUUGACAAACGCCGUCCUUUAGCCAAUGGGCUAUCUGCUGCGGGGAGUCCAGUGUUUCUUUGUGCUCUCUCACCAUUGGGGCAGAUACUACAACAUGAGUAUGGCUGGAGAGGAGGAUUCCUUAUACUGGGUGGGAUGCUGCUCAACUGCUGUGUAUGUGGCGCAUUAAUGAGACCUUUGGAGCCACCAAAAAAGCCUGAAGCUACCAAAGACCCAGCUGAGAAGAAAGCAAAGAAAAAACUUCUGGAUUUCAGUGUUUUUAAAGAUGGUGGUUUUGUAAUCUACACGCUAGCAGCAUCUAUCAUGGUGCUUGGCCUCUUUGUUCCCCCAGUUUUCGUUGUGAGUUAUGCCAAGGACUUAGGAUAUCAAGACACCAAAGCAGCUUUUCUUCUGACUAUUCUGGGAUUCAUUGAUAUCUUUGCUCGGCCUAUUUGUGGAAUGGUAGCUGGUCUUAAAUGGGUUAGACCACGCUGUGUCUACCUCUUCAGUUUUGCUAUGAUCUUCAAUGGCUUUACAGAUCUCAUGGGUUCUAUGUCUGUUGACUAUGCUGGCCUGGUGGUGUUUUGUAUUUUCUUUGGCAUUUCUUAUGGAAUGGUAGGUGCUCUCCAGUUUGAAGUUCUCAUGGCUAUCGUGGGUACCCAGAAGUUUUCCAGUGCUAUUGGCUUAGUGCUCCUGGCAGAAGCUAUGGCUGUUCUAAUUGGUCCACCAUCAGCAGGAAAACUCCUGGAUGCAACAGGGAGGUACAUGUUUGUUUUUAUUAUUGCUGGAAUUGAAGUUACCACCUCAGCACUUGUAUUGGCCUUGGGAAAUUUCUUCUGCAUUAAGAAAAAAUCAGAAGAACCACACACAAAAGAAGAAGCAGCAGAAAGAGAGGAAUUAAACAAAUCUGAAGACAAAACUCCUGAAGAUGCCAAGGUGGACUCUAUUGAAGUGGAACAAUUUCUUAAAGAUGAGCCUGAAAAAAACGGUGAAGUUGUAACUAACCCAGAAACAUGUGUGUGAGCAUGACAGGAAACCAACAAAGCUUCUAGAAACAAGAUUUUCAACACUAUUUAUUUUAGAACUAGAACUAGCUUAGGGCUGGGCCAUCUGCUUUAUUAACUGGAAACCGGUCGGCUCCUCAGGGCUCUCUGGAAGCUGAUUAGCUAGAUAACCUUUUAUUGGAAGAUUGGCUUGAUCAGUAAAAGGUGGAGCAUUGUGGUUCUAUUUUUUAUGCAAACUAAAAAGCUUUUAUAAACACAGGUAGAGUCUUGCUAUGCAUCACUAGAAACUGCUCACUUGGAAGAGAUAUAGGAAGAAUAUCUUUUAAGAAAAGUGGAAUUAAAUGUACAUAUUGAGGCAAUAUUAGUGAAUUUGCUGUGUUGUGCAGCUAAAUGUAAUUUCCCUUCCUGUGUUCUUUGUGAAGGGGAAAAAAACAGAAAAUUCUCAGGAACUUACAGGUCUUCGUUAGGUUUUUGAAUUUGUUGCGUUUUCAGAUUUUUAGAUUAAUCAGCUCAGCCCUAAUUUAAUUCUGGUAUUAUCUAUUACUUUAUGUAAAUGUAUUUCUGAGUUUUGCCUAUACCUACAAUCUUUGUAGUUAUCAUCUGGAAAUACUCUGUGGAGAGGCACAUUAUAGAUACUGUCCUCAGCAGAUCACACAAGUGGUAUUCUGAAGUAGUACUAAAAGAAAAUAAAAUGAGCAGA